CGUCAGCGUGAAUUGGCAGGCGGUAGACUACUAUCCAAGUUUCGACUUUGUCGAACACGCCCAACAAUUGAGGCAGCGAUACAUUUAGCUACCGGGUCGUUCUUAUAUGGUAUGCUUUCUGUGGUCUUGUAGUGUCAGAGGCAGUCGGAAGCACCUUUCAACGCUAUGUGAGCAGCGCGGUUCUCUUCGUCUCUCCAUAGUUCAUAGAAAGGAAAGAAACUCAAACCUCCGCUGGAGGACUGUGAUCCUCGGCCAUCCGGCAGGCUGGGGCUCCCUCCUCCUGCCCCUGUCUGCUCCUCUUCUGGUGUGGUAACAUGGGAAACCUCCUAAAAGUUUUGACCUGCACAGAUCUGGAACAAGAACCCAACUUUUUCCUCGAUUUUGAAAACGCCCAGCCCACGGAGGCAGAGCGCGAGCUGUGGGAGCAGGUGGACGUAGUUCUGAAGGACGCCAAGGGCAUCCUGGACGAGCUGCAGGCCUACAAGGGAGCCGGCCAGGAGAUCCGAGAGGCGAUACAGAACCCCAGUGACGAGGGUCUGCAGGAGCAGGCCUGGGCCGCUGUGGUCCCCCUCGUGGGCAAGCUCAAGAAGUUCUACGAGUUCUCCCAGAGGUUAGAGGCGGCACUGCGCAGCCUCCUGGGGGCGCUGACCAGCGAGGCGUACGAUGACCCCACGCAGCACCUGGAGAGGGAGCAGGCUCUGGCCAAGCAGUUUGCCGAGAUCCUGCACUUCACCCUGCGCUUUGACGAGCUCAAGAUGACAAAUCCUGCCAUUCAGAAUGAUUUCAGCUACUACCGGAGGACCCUGAGUCGUAUGAGGAUCAACAACGUACCGGCAGAGGUAGAGAAUGAAGUGAACAACGAGCUGGCCAAUCGGAUAUCUCUGUUCUACGCCGACGCCACACCCAUGUUGAAAACAUUAAGCGAUGGAACAACAAAGUUUGUGUCCGAGAAUAAGAACUUGCCCAUUGAGAACACAACGGACUGUUUAAGCACUAUGGCCAGUGUGUGUAAAGUCAUGCUGGAAACACCGGAGUAUCGUAGUCGUUUCACCAGUGAGGAGACUGUGUCCUUCUGCCUGAGGGUCAUGGUGGGCGUCAUCAUCCUGUAUGACUAUGUCCACCCUGUGGGGGCCUUUGCCAAGUCCUCCAAAAUAGAUAUGAAAGGCUGCAUCAAGGUCCUCAGGGACCAGCCUCCAAGUAGCGUGGAAGGUCUUCUCAACGCUCUCAGGUACACAACAAAGCAUUUGAAUGAUGAAUCAACCAACAAGACAAUCAAGAGCAUGCUGCAGUAGAACUGGAACUGCUUGCCUCAUUUACCCCCCCCCCCCCUCCCC